AUGGCGAAACGAGUUACAUUGCUGGAUCCUCCUCCGCUGGAUCCUUCCAAGGCCCCGAUUGAAAAUGUGCUGGACUUGACGCCGGUGGUGGACCUCGGCCCAGAUGUGUUCACCAAUACCCGCCCGUUAUGGCACCCUCCUGGAGCCCGAGGCAUCUACGGCGGUGCCGCGAUCGCGCAGUCCUUGUCCGCCGCCAUGCGAACCGUCCCCGCCGACUUCGCCGUCCAUAGCAUGCACUGCUACUUCGUCCUGGCCGGUGACUCGGAAAUUCCCAUUCUAUAUCACGUUGAACGAGUACGCGACGGACGAAGCUUCGUCACCCGGACCGUGCAGGCGCGUCAGCGAGGCCGACCCAUUUUCACCACCACGCUGAGUUUCAGCCGCGUGGGGAGUGGCGGAGAGAAGACAAUUUCACAUGCUGUCCCUAAGCCAGAGAUUCGUUUACCGGAGGAUGCAUUGCCCGGAACUGUCAAGGCUCUGAGCAAUGCAGGUGGCGGCCCCUUCGAGGCAAGGAAGGCGGGCAUCCUUAACCGAACCUCCACAACUCCUGAAAAUAAACGAGUCCGUCGAUUUAUCCGGGCGCGGGGGCACAUCUCAGAGGAGGGUGGCUUUCAGGCUCAUCUUUCCGCGCUAGCCUACGUCACCGAUAGCUUUUUCAUCGGCAGCGUCGCGGCCGUGCACGACAUUCCUCGAUUCUCUUCCCCAGCGGAUUUGCAGAAGCUCUUGAGGGCUCUCAAAAACCCCUCUGACCUCGACGACGACGAUAUCACCAAGGCACUCAAAGAACUGAAAGAAGAGGAAGCGGCGGACCUCCGUCGCCGGUUGGAAGGUGCCCUGGAUGAUGCCACUAAUGGCAAGAAUAAACAGGAACAGAAAGAGGUUGGUAUGAUGGUCAGCUUAGAUCACUCAAUUUACUUCCAUAACCCAAGGGCUUUCCGGGCCGAUGAGUGGAUGUUGACAGAGAUGGAAAGCCCCUGGGCUGGAGAAGGCCGAGGGCUGGCCAUUCAGAAGAUCUGGUCUCAGGAUGGAACGCUCAUCGCUACAUGCACUCAAGAGGGCGUUGUACGGUUAAAGCAAGACAAACCACCUCUCUCGAAGAUUUAA